AUGUCCUCCUUCGCCAUGUCUGCCCUUCCACCCGUCGCAUUCGGAGGGCCCUUCCCAUCCCUAAGUUACGACAGCCCCUCCCAAUCCGCCAUAACCUCACGACCACCACGUCCUUCAGUCUCAAGACCAAAGAGCAGCGAGGACAGCACAAUGUCACCCAUCCGGCGGGUCUGGUCCUCGCCCGUCGAGGGCCUUAGGCGCGUGCGGAGCAACAAGUCCACUUCCUCGGCCGAUGAGGCCCAGGGGUCGGAUAUGUCUCGUGUGCGGUUGAGAGUUCUGAGGCUCAAGGAUGGCGGUUCCCGGUUCUUUAGGAAGCUGAGCCUUUCCCGCAGGACCAGCUCUGAUAGCAUCGAGACUGUCAGUAGUGCGGAGUGCAAGCCUGAAAGGCAUGUUUCAUUCUUUUUGCCCAACAGCGCCGUGUUGCCCGAGUCCCCUCGGACGCGGAACGCCAAGCUGAGAGAAAGAUGCGCAACGCCAGAUGUGAUUCAGGAGGACCGGAGGGAUAUGGACUCUGAUGAUGAUGAUGAUGACGACAAUAGAUCUAUCUUGUAUCAUCGCCGGAGGGGGGACGACUCUAUCUUUGAGAUGAGCGAGGAGUAUAGGAGGGCGAGCGAAUACUAUGCGCUGUCGUUCCUUUGGUUUUGA